AGCCCGUCCACCAGUACCAGACCGGACGACGUUUCACUAACGGACAGACAGAUUUGUCUCUCAUUCUUUUCCAUCUUAAACAUUAUAUUUUCGUUUUAAUGUUUUCCCGUGCGGACGACGCCGGUAUCAACAUCGAACAAUUAAUCGCAACACCGCUGUUGUUACUAUUAUUAUGAACCAUUCGAUGACACCGUCGCCGGAUAUGCAUAACAUCUACGGGUUUCACCAUCAUCACCAUCAAUCGCCACAACAACAGCACCAACAACAGUCUCCCGAUUUGCUGAGAAGUGGCGGUCACGUGGUAACCACCAAAGCCGAUUCUUCGUCGUCGUCCCCGUCGCUUUGUUACAAGUGAGUUUAUUAUUCAAAACAAAAAUGAUGAAAACAAAAACAUAUAUCAAAUAUAAAUUGCCCGAAUAUUUUGCUGUCAUAUUCUUGUACAGUAAUCAUUUAUAUAUUUAUAUGUGUUCAAUAAUAAUUGGAACGAAAUGUACAACAUAACAUACUAUGUAUACUAUUUUUAAAAAAAAUUGAAAAUUAUAAUAAAUUUUGUCGAAUGAUCCCGUAGUGAACAAGUAAUAAAAUAAUAAUUAAACGGUUCGGGCGAUAAAAAUAAAAUCACUGAUUUAGAGCCCAGGAUUGUAUGAUAAAGUGUCAAAUAUAAUGCAAAUGCGAAGAAAAGGUACCUACCUUUAAAUACGCAGUUAUCAUAAUGUACAUGAUUUUAUAUUUGACGAAAAAAAAAUUACUUUAACCCUAAUAACUCUAUCAGUUAGGUUAGGAACAAUAAAUCGAAUAAAUAAUCAAAUAAUUAAAAUCAAAACUAACUUUAAACAAAUUACAAGUAAAAUAUUAAAACUGAAUAUUGUAUACUCUCCGCCGAUUGCAUUGCACUCCUCAAAAACUUAACAAAAAUAUAAAAAUAAAAAAAAAUCAAAUACAAUUUUUUUAUAACAGGAAUUAAUUUAAGCAAGAAACAAUAAUAUUAACGUUGUUUUUAGAUUCAGAGUGGCUUAUCAGAAGCUAAUGGUUUUACAAAGAUGUUUUUUUUUCCCGUGGACGGCUUUUCUACCAGCAAUUUUGCUCCAAUUUAUAGUGAUAACAAUGUUCCUAAAAGAAAAUUUUACAGAGGAGCUAUUUUAGAGAGACCAUGUUUCGAUUUUCUCAAGAGUUUUCCCAGCAAAUGUGAAAAACCAGGAAAAACAUGGGAAACCGAGAAAACCUUAGGAAAAACGGGAAAAUCGGAACAGUUGACAAUUAUUAUUAAAGAUAAUAUACAAUGCCUAUUAAAUUAUUUUUCCAUAAUAUAACAUAUAUAUUAUUGACAAAGCAUCACUAUCAACUGAACUGCCCUCAGAAUCGUUUUUUCAGCAAUAGUUAAUCGUUGCUAACAGAUAUACAUUAAGUUACCUAUAACAGUGGCUGCGCCCGUCCCUUUUAUCAUAGGGCAUCUUUUUAAACAUUUUUCUAUACAAAUAAUAUAUUUUAUAAUUAUUUAAAUUAUAGAUAAGUAAUAACAAUGAUACAAAAUGAAUGAUAAUACUAGGUUCAAUUUUAAAGAGUGCACCUACCUGACUUAUUAAGUUAUGUAUAGAUAACUAAUAUGACAUAUCGGUGAUAUUUCAAAUAAUUUUAUUUUCUUAGAUUAACAAUUUGAAAUUUUGAAAUUUGAACAAUUUUAAUGUGAAAACAAAUAUAAUAAUUAUUUAACAAGAGAAUUACCAACUUUAUGGAAUCAAUACAAUGUAAAAACAACUCAUCUUUAAGUUUAGCACAAAAAUCAUAGUGAUAAAAUAUUAUAAUAUUAAAAUUAUGAACGUAGCGAGGGAUCUAUUGGAUUUACUAUGAUAUGUGUUUUUUUUUCUGUCUGUAAACAACUUUUUAAAAAAAAACUUGCUUUAAUCAGAAAAUGACAAGAGACUUUAGAUGCAUUUUGAAUCUAAUUGAUGUAAUAGAGAGGAUAUUUUUAAAUUUUGUAUGGAAUUUUCAUAAUAAUCGAGAAAAUGGUGGAAAAAACGUAAAAUGAAAACUGACAAAUUUACAGCGUACAAUUUCAUUAUUUUAAAUUUUGUUUUUUUGUUGUUAUUCAUAUAAAAAUAAUCGUAAUAAUAACUUAAGAUUUUGAAAAAAAACUUAUUUUGACCUUUUCUAGAUGUGAGGAAAUUUUCAUAACAUCUUAUUGAUUUUUUUGCUAUUUUUAGUCAUUUUAUAAUUGCAAGUUUUGUAUAUAGAUUUUUUUUGGUAGCAAUAUGUAGAUAAUUGGUUUGACUUCAUAGAAAUGCUUACAGGAGGUUUAUUAUAAGUUGUACACGGUGGCCAAAAAAAGUAAAAUGUAGUAUAACUUUGGUGAAAUUUGAUAAUUUUUGGUAGAAAAGUUGUCAACAAAAACAAGUAGUAUAAACCAUAAAAUAAUGUAUACAUAAUAUAAAAUACGUCAUAAUGUAUGCAAUCAAUUUAGAAAAAAAACAAACAAACAUACUUCAUACGAUAAUUGGAAAAUCAGUAAUAUUUACGAUUUAAAAAUAAUACAUUUCCUAAAUUUUCCUGUUUUUCCUACGUUUUUUCCUGGUUGAAAACCCUUGAGAAAAGACCUAUCAAAAAAUGACCUUUUUAAUGUACCACCCAGGUCAAAUUGGGUGGUACAUUAAAACCCCCUUUCAGAAAAAGUGCUAUCAUGGUAAAUCGAAGUAAAAUUACCGAUACAAAAAAUGUAAAGGAAAAAAAAAUAAAUAUCAUUGUUAAACCAAUACAUUCCUCGUUUUACUCAGAAUCUAAAAUCCAUUUUUUUUUUCAAUCAUUAAGUAGGUAAAACUUAUUAUUAACAUCAUGUUAAAUGUUUGAUCAUCUUUACUGGUUAAAACAAUUUUAUCCUCAUAAAACCAAAGAAAUCCCUUUGAAGUUGAUGAUUAAAUCAAGAUUUCCCCGUAAAAGUUAUUUAUUAACAAAAACAAAACCCACACAUAGUCAAAACAUUUUAUCCUUCGCCACGUUUAGAAUCUAAAUCUAGAACAACUCAAGAAUUUAAAAUACCUAUAAAUUACCCAAAAAUAUCCGAUUUUGGAAUUUUUAACACGUUCAGAAAAUACUAACAUAGAAGUAUUGCUGGGUGAACAUUUUUUGUAUCUAUAUGAUUAUUUCUCACUGAAUAAACAUAACGAAAGUACAAAACCGAUAUUGACGAUAACACGCGCUGCCCACUCAAAUGUUCCCGUUUUUCCAAAUUUGUUGGCCGGUUUUCCCCCGUUAAGUUGAGGAAAGUACGAGGAAUAAUAACAAAAUGGUCGUCUCCGUGUACUGAACAGAUAAAACUUACCACCAAACACCAUCUCUGAUUAUAGGAACGAAUCUUUUGCUCGAAAACUUGUUCACGGGAAACAAAUAAAUAAUACAUUUUUAGUUACGAUCAAAAUUUAAAAUGAGUUAUAUUUUUUUCGUUUCCCCACUGCUUAAAUGAUUUAAAUCCAUUGAUAGAAAAAUAACGAGUACCAUGCGUGUUGGAACAAUAUUUUAUAUUGUAUAAUUUGACCAUUACUGGAUACGAACAAUUUCAGUAAAACGUCAACUUUCGCGCAAGAUUUCAUGUUGACCAACGACACGUGCCAAACACAACAGCAACAAGACGACGACAGUUGCAGUGACGGAGAAGAUUCGAGUCUGCCCAGCUGUUCGUUCAGAGCCGUUCAUCACACGUCUUCGUCACAUUCGCCGUGUUUCGUGGGGACCACCAUGAGACAAGGUAAUGAAUAGAUCAAAAAUUAAGUUGCAUUAAAUAAAGCGUGUUAUAAAAAAUAAAAGGAGUGUGCAGUAAUGUUUAAAUAGAAAGAGUGUUUUUUAAUCUGGAAAUUUGUUUAAUACAAGUCUUUUACAUAGACUUGACAACUAGAUCUUUCGACACGAACACCAACUGCGUGUAAAGUUGUACUAUAAUCAGCUAUGCAACGUUAACAAAAUAUCUUGCUCGGUGGUUUUCGGCAUUAAUCGUAAUAAAUAAUAGGAAUUAAUAAGGCUGGGCUUUAAUAAAAAUAUGUCUCGAAUGGGUUAAUGUUUAAAAAAAAAAAAUCUGGAUAGUUUUUAUUUAAACAUUUUAAUACAUUACAUUUAAAUAUUUUAUAUAAAACACAACAAAAUUAAUUACUUCAAUCGAGCUUGUGGUAGGAUAAAUGAGUUAUUACAAUUUGAAAGUUUUAAAUUCUUAAACUAUUUACGUACACAACUUUAUGUGCAAUUUUCAUUAAAAACUUAAAAAAUAACCGUUCACUUGAAAAUCAGUUUACAAUAAUAAUAAUUAUAAUGUUGGUAUAAAUUGCGUAACUUAUAUUGCAGAUGUUUAAAAAAACAAUUAUAACUAUAGUCAUCUUACCUAUACGUAAGGGUUGGCUUUUAAUGUAAUAUAUACAUUUUUUUUUUUUUCAAGGCUCGUGUUCAUAUCAUUUAUUUGCUUUAUUCUGUCUAUUGUUUUUUUUUUCAUCUGCAUCCUCUAUUGUCCACGCAGACAAAAAUAAUAUCAUGUGUCGUAUAAUAUAUUGUCAAAAAUAUUAUAAUAUAAUGUGUUCGGCACUUUGAUCGCUCAAUUAACCGCAAGAGUAUCGGUUUACGACCCGUAUGAUUUCUUGACUCCCUCUCGUCUCAAAAUUUGACAAUUUCAAUUAAAAAAAAAUAGACGCUCGUGAAUAUAAUAGACGAACGUUUAUUAUAAUAUUUGAUAAUGUACAUUUUGUUUCUCAUUAAUGCGGUUAAGAUAUUAAGAACACGUGUUAUUGAAAACGUUUGUGCUUACCGAAACGAACACGCAGUAUUGAGUUACAAGAUUUGUAAAUACGAAUUGCUCGAAUUCGGAAGAGAAGCGAUGAAUGGAGUCAUCUUUUAACUUUUGUUUGUAUAAUAUGCCUAAUAUAUUAUAGUCAUUGAUACGUAGUUGUCGAUUUGGCUAACAAAGCGAUACAUGCGUAUAUACUUCGUAACAUAUGUGUUAUUAUUAUUAUUCCUGGCCGUCCCGUCCGGCGUUAUCCGUUUUUGUCGGAUCAAAUGUUUUAGUAUACAAAUAUAGCUAUAUUACCUACGAUUUCGCUCGUGUGCAGCGUUCAUGUCUAUUCAGUUUAGUGCGUCUGUAUUUCCCUAUUUUGAUCCAAAUAAGUAUCUACCGGGUUAUUUUGAUCCAAAUAAGUAUCUACCGGGUACCUCCCAUCGCAAAGCUUUUCGACCCCCCCGUGGACCAACUGUAUAAGUUCAAUGAGUUCUCGUUGACCUUUCUGAGAAUAUCCCAUUUUGGUUAUCGAAUCACCUCUUUUACUCCCCUCGCCGUUAGGAAGCAUUUCGACCUUCCCGGGAACAUUAUCCGCACGGGAUUAGCUCGUAUUAGUAUUGAACGAAAACAUUUUUGUAUUAUUUUAUCAAUUUUUGUAUUAUUUUAAAUCAUACCGUGACUCUCCAUUUCCGCCCUUAUCCCUAUCUCAGUUAGUCACUGUUGUAAAUAUUUGUCCGUGUUUCCAAAUUAUUGAAAAUCAAUGCACCAGAAAGAUCUAAAAUACUACAAAAAAGCUUUUUUUGUUAUUUUUUGAUUGGAACAUGAUUUCUGGUAGAAAUACACAAAAUAAAAUUAUUUCGAACUACCUGCUGCAAAAUACUAGCUGUUUUCACGGUUUAGCAUGUGUACAGUAUUAAACGAAAAAUUAAAAUUAAAACGUGUUUCUUCGUGACUCCCAGUUUCUAUCCCGGCCAAAUUAGACAGGUGCGUUUAUAAAAAAAUAUUUCGGGAGAGGUUUAAGGUUGUACAUUUACAUACUCUCAUAACAAAGAAGUUUGCAUACUUUAAAUUGUAGGAUUAUUUAUUUUCCCUUAAAUGUUAAUAUUACAUAACAUCCAUUUUUAGCCUUUUAGGUACCUAUUACUAAAUUUUACAUUAAAUAUUUUUUUUUAGUGAAUAUAGCCUAAAUGAUAGCGCAAUUCAUAUUAUUGUGAUAAUAAUGCGGACCAUGCAAUAUCGCCGUAUCAGUUAUAAUUAUUUAAAAGCAGGAAAACUACAAAAAAUUAGAAAUGACAAUAAUAACAAUAUAUACCUACCAUAUGUAGUAAUAAAAUUAAAAUAAAACCAAAAUUAUAUUUAUCUUCCUCGUUGACAGAAACCACUUGUGACAAUCUAUUCAAAAUCUACUUUCAUCAUGAUUUUCGUGAAACUUUGGGAGGAGGGGAGUUGAACCCCUAACCCCCCCCCCUUAUACACGCACCUCCCAUCACAGUUAUCCAUUGUUGCCGGGUAAUUAAAAGGUAAAAUAAAAAUAAAAUUAAUAACUAAUUAAUCUAAACCUAAAACUAGUACAAAUGAAGAGAUGAUUGAACGUUAUCAUCAAUGAGUUUCGUUGACGAGUGAUAGGCUAAUUUUUUUAAAAGUGGAUUUCUCAGAAAGCUCAAUAUUUUACAAAAAAUUGUACGUUCUAUGAGCAGGUGACUUGUCAUCUUCGGUGGGUUCGAUGGGGCGGCAAAAUAUGGCGGCAGCUGCCGCGGACGGUUAUUACGGAGCAGGCGGUGGAGGCGCUCACCAAAGUGGUGGCGGCGGUGGCGGCCCUGGAGGUCAUCACCACCAUCACCAUCACCACGGUCACCACCAUCACCAUCAUCAUCACAGUAGCACCAACGGGAACAGUCACCAUCAUCAUCAUCACGUGGGGGCGGUGCCGACGACGGGCGUGUCGGCGGCCACCGUAGACUCGCAAGGUUCGGGCGGUGGCAGCGGCGGUGGUGGAAGUGGUGGCUACAGGGUGCAAAGGCAAACCGCCAACAUACGAGAACGUAGACGGAUGUUGAGGUCAGACCUGGCGCCGACUCGGGCAGCGGAUAGGCCCACACCGGUCAAAAUGUAAGAGCGCCAGCGAACACCAGUGGUGCAAAAGUUGAAUAUAAUAUUUAUACCUAUGCUAAUUGAAUAAUCGUCAUAAUGAUGUAUACGUGAUUUUGGUGGCCGCAUUGGAGAUGCGAAAUUCACGUAUCUUUCCCCUCGUCUCUUUUCCCGACUAUUUAGAGUCAUCCCGUUCAGAUCUUUAAUCUCACAUUUUUCCGUAAUGCAAUUGGCGAAUUAUUUGAAUUUAAUCUAUAUUAUAAUAAUUUUAUCAAGCGUAAUUUGUUUAGCCAGUGAUCAAUAAUUUCUAUUUCUCCAAUAAAUUUAGUGUCAUACAAAGCGAUUGAUCUCUUAAAAAAAAUUGUAUUUAAAUACUCAUAUUGAGGGUUUUGCCGUUAUAGAACCCAGGUAUGUAGAUAGAGGGUGAGAGAAGGUAUAUGUAUGUAAAUAUUUUUCUAAUGGUGUCUAUAUAGGUACAGUUUUCUAUUAGUGAAUUUUCAGACUUCGGCGCCAUUGUAUAGCGUUCAAAAUUAAAGCCCCCUAAACGGCAUUUCCUUUACUCUUGCGCUUUGCACAGAGAUAAUCUCAUCACCCCAGCUGCAUUUGGUGGGACUGUAAGGGUGUACAGAGCCCAAAGAACACACCCAUCCCGCAAUGCGAUACAUUAUUAUACAAAUUCAUGUCCAAACAUUAAACAUGACUUUUAAAACUUCAAACUGCUUCAUAUUAAACAAACUCUAAUUCCGGAGUGCAAAUCCAUUCGGUAUAUACAUAUCUGGAUAUUCGGGCUUGGAUCAUGUGAAGCCAAACUCAUUAUUGAUGUAAAUUUGAUACAAUAUAGAACCCAAUAUAACAUAUCUAAAAUUUGGUGUGUAUUUUCUUAAAUAUAACAACAGACUAAUAAUGUGGGAAACAAAAAAUGUAUUUAUUUAUUUAUUUAUUUAUUGAUUCUAUCCCUAUGACUAAUCUGACCCAAGUCGUAGAAUAAAUCAAGAGGCUGAUUUUGGCCCUAUUUGACCCAAGGAUUUGAUUGUCCAUACUAUGUACUGAUAGUCUGUAUUUUCGUGGAAAAUUCGACAAAAACCAACCGUAUCGUCGCGAUAAUACAAUUAUAAUGAAUUGUCGUUGGUGUUUAGCAGCAUCAACUCGGCGUUUGACGAGCUCCGCGGACACGUGCCUACGUUCCCGUACGAAAAGCGGCUCAGCAAAAUCGACACGCUCCGGCUGGCGAUCGCGUACAUUGCGUUGUUGCGCGAAGUGUUGUCGGCCGACUGCGACCCGCUCACCUACGUCCAACGGUGCCUGAGCGGCGAACGGCAACCGGAACGCGCAGAGUGGAACACCAGCGGUAAGUAUCGCUGGGGGUUUACUAUAAUACUAUACAGGGUGUUUUUUUUCCUAUCACAAUCCAAUGAUUAUCUGUGUGAAGAUUUUGAGAAAAAUUGAUUUUGGUUUUUCUUUUUAUUAAUAAUAAUAUACCAGGUGGUUUUCAAACUGGGUGUCGUGGCACACCGCCAUUCACUAGGAGUGUCGCGAUCUUUUGAAAUUUGUUUUCCUUAAAUUGUGACGAAAUUAAAUAUGAAGUCGUAACUCUUUUGAUUACGAAUCAUUUCAGUUCGGCAUACAAAUUUUGUAAUUAGUUCUAAUUUUGGGCAAAAAAAUUAAAUAACGACAAAAGAGGUCACAGUGUGCCGUGUUCAAAAAAAAUUUGAAAACCAUUGUAAUAUACAAUCAUUUAACGAUAUUAAUAAAAUUAAGUGUCUGUCUGUGCGUGAUCUCAGGGCCGUCUAUGGGUGGAGCGAGCAGGGCUGAAUCUGGUGGUUUUCACUUAUAUUUGGACUCUCGCGUUCGAAAACAAAAACGAAUUAUAAUAUACCUAAUAGAAUAGGAAAAUAUUCAAAAUUUUGACCGGGACCUCGCAAAUCCUAAGGAUUUGCACAGAGAUUUGACAAUUUCUAUACAGAGGGGAUAAAUAGGCCCGUGUGUACCUUGAAGACGAAAUUCUAAAAUCCAACCCCUCAAAGUUAAAUUUGAUUUCACGAAGUAAUGCUAUUUUAAAAAAAAAAAUGUAUGAAUUACCGGCCAGCAACGGUUAACUGUGAUAGCGACGGUGAAGAUCCAGGGAGUCACAGGGAGACACGUAUUUAUUUUUUUUUUCGUUCAAUACUGUGCAUGGGCAAAUCUGUGCGGGAUAACUAUUCAGAAUUAUUACAAAUUGUUACCCUUAUUCAACUUUUCAUUUUAACAUCUACUGUCUCUCUUUUCAAACUAGAUUGGAAAAGUAAAUAUGACAUUUGCAUAUAAUACUUGCUGCAUCAAUAAACAUGGGGUUUAACUUUCAACGUCAGUUCCUACAAUUUGUAGACUCAAAUUUCACAUUUUUUUUUUUUUUUUUAAGUAGUAUAGUUAUAGUGGCCACAGACAAUCAUUAGUAGUCUACUACUUUAUGAUUAACAAUUUCAUAAUGAUUGAAAAAAAAAAAAACAGAAAUUAAAUUUACUCUUCAUUCUCCUGGAAAAUGGUUGGAUCGUGAUAAAAAAAAAAACACAUUUAAACCAGUGGCCAUUCCGGAGUUUUUUAGUUUACUCGAUCAUAUUAGAAAUUAGGCCAUCUAGACUUAUUGUAUUCGUAAUUUAAUAAUACGUUAUAAUCUAUAUGAGUCGCUAAAUGCAGAAUUUUCAAGAAACACAAACAUUUCCUUAAGCGCCGCUUACAAUUUUAUGUUUCAGAAAAUGACUGUAGAAACUUACGGACGAUAUAUCUGUCACCAUAAGACUGGUGAACAAUUUGUUUUUUUAUUUUUGUCAAAUGUAUUAAAUAUUUUUGUUUUUCUUGAAAAAUUUGGGACAUGUGCCCUUUCUACGUUUAGCGGUUCAUAUAAUAUUAUCCAUGUAAUUAUAAUUUAUGUAACGUUUUUGUGUUCUACAGAUCUCACGGCCAGAUUAUCGUGGAUCAACUGGGAGAACUUAGGCGUGAAUCCCAACAGACGAGGCGUCUUAUCGUCUUACUCGAUUCCUGACAACAAUUAAAAUACAUACCUACCUAAAUUAAUAAUUUUUAAUAAUUUUCUCAUACCAAUACGUGUGAUUAUCGCGCGUAAUCUUUUUGUUUCAGGAAUUCAUUGUAAUAUUAUCGUUGUUGAUAUUUUAAUUUUAUUAUUGAUAUAAUUAUAUUAUAUAAGUUUACAGAAUAGUUAUCAAGAUAAAUAUGUGCAAUAGGUGCCUUGCUUGUUGUUUUUUUUUAUAUAUAUAUAUAUAUGUAUAAUAGUUUGCAGACACAUAAUUAUUAUAAUAUACUAAACGUGUUAUCGU